AUGGACCAGCUCGAGGCGCUGCUCGUGCAGUUCCUCCUGCCGGACAAUGCCGCCCGUCAGCAGGCGGAGGAGGCCAUCAAGAAGCUCGCAAAGGAUCCCGCUAUCGUCCCCAAACUUUUGGAGCAGGUGAAAGGUGCUCACCAUGCAGAGGUGCGGCAGUUGGCGGCGGUUCUGCUGCGAAAGAAAAUUGCGGGCCUGUGGAUGAAGCUCACGGCUGAGGUGCAGGAGAACGUGAAAAUGGUCCUCCUGGAGAGCAUUGCCCGCGAGCCGCACCCGCUCGUCCGCCGAGCAAGCGCUGACGUCGUGAGCAUCAUUGCCAAGUACACAGUUCCGAUGGGUACAUGGCCCGGCCUUCUGCAGUUCCUAUUUGAAUGCAGCCAGAGCCAGCAGGAGGACCACCGGGAGAUAGCUCUUAUCCUCUUCAGCUCGCUAACCGAAACAAUUGGGGAGAACCUCCGGCCACACUUUGCUGCGCUGCACACUGUGUUUGUCAAUGGCCUAAGGGACCAGCACAGCAACCGCGUCCGCACAGCGGCCCUCAAAGCUGUUGGCGCCUUGGUGGGGUACAUUUCAAGUCAAGAAGAGGUGCUCAUGUUCCGCCAGCUAGUUCCCCCCGUGCUCGACGUCGCGCGCUUCUGCCUCGCCCACGGCGAUGAGGACACCGCCGGCAAGGCGUUUGAGAUCUUCGACGAGCUUGUCGAGUCGCCCGCCCCUCUCCUUGGCCCCACCAUUCCUGGCAUCCUCCACUUUGCUUUGGAAGUGGCUUCCACGACCAAGUACGAACUAAGUACAAGAAACCAAGCGUUGCAGAUCGUGACAUGGCUGGCGAAAUACAAGCCGAAAACGUUGGUGAAGCAUAAGCUGGUGGGGGCGAUCCUGGGGGCCCUGUGCCCAAUGUGUGCGGAGGCGAGCGGGGGGGUGGACGACGACGAGUAUCCGGCAAAGAAGUCGGCAGCACAGGUGAUUGACACUCUAGCGCUGCACCUCCCGAAGAAACAAGUCUACCCCCCCAUCGCCGCCUUCGCCAAGCAAGCCAUUCAAAGCCCCGACCCGCUCUUCCGAGAAGCCGCCGUCACGUCCCUUGGAGUUAUCGCCGAAGGCUGCGCAGAGGUCAUGCGCAAGCGGCUAAAAGAGCUUUUGCCGGUCAUUCUAGCGGGGCUUCAGGAUGGGGACAAGGAAGUGAGGGGCCAGUCGGCGUUUGCGCUGGGUCUCUUUGCGGAGUCGCUGCAGCCGGAGAUGGCGGAGCACUAUGAGCAAGUGCUGCCGCCAGUGUUCGACCUGCUCAAGGAUCCGGACGACGAAGUACAGGAAAAAGCAUACUACGCACUGGCGGCUUACUGCGAGCACUUGGGCGAGGAGAUUCUGCCGUUCCUGGAGCCCCUCAUGGCGCACCUAAUGGAGGCGCUGCAGAGCAACAAGCGGGAGCUACAAGAGAUCUGCAUAUCGGCGAUUGGCUCCGCAGCAGCGGCCUCGGAGCAGCACUUUCUGCCAUACGCGGAGCGCACGCUGUUUGCCCUCAAGGCGCUGAUGCAGCUGACGUCAGACAAGGACCUGGUGGUCAGGGCACGUGCCACGGAGAUGGUUGGCGUCAUUGCGGUGGCGGUCGGGAAGGAGGCCAUGGCGCCGGUCCUUCCGGGCUUCAUCGAGGACGCCCUCAAGGGUUUUGCCUUGGACUACAGCGAGCUUCGAGAGUACACCCACGGCUUUUUGGGGCAUGCUGCGACGACCUUGGGAGCCGACUUUGCCCAGUACCUUCCCCACGUGAUGCCCUUCACGCUCGCCUCCUGCAACCUGGACGACGGCCAAGUCCUCUUCGACGAGUCUGCCGCCACCCCCUCUGCCAAAAACACCCUCUCCGCCCUUUCUUCCGACUCCGAUUCGGACGACGACUCGGACCGCCGCCGCGCCAGCCUCAGCAUACGGACGGGCGUGCUGGACGAGAAGAGCGCCGCCACGCAGGCGCUGGGGCUAUACGCACGGCACGCCGGCACAGCGUUCGUACCGUAUCUAGAGGAGGCGCUGAAACUGCUGAAGAAGCUGGCGGGGUACUUCCACGAGGACGUACGAUUGCAGGCCGUGCAGUCGCUGGAACAUCUGCUGUCAGCGACAGUGACCGCUUUCCCCAUCCCCCCCUCCAAAGUUCUUCCACCUCAAGUCAAACACGUUCUAGACGUCAUCGUGGAAACGUACCUGCGAACGUUCGACCAAGACGACGACAAGAACACCGUUGCGCAGGCGUGCGAGUCCCUGGCUGCUGUCGUUCGGAGCAUUGGGAUGCCCGGCAUCGAGCCAUUCGUACAGCCGAUCUCAAAAGCGGUCCUCGAGUUCCUGGAGCAGGAGGCCACGUGUCAGCUGGUGGACGCCCCGAGCGAUUCGGACGGCGACGACGAGGAGCAAGAGCACGACGAGGUCCUGAUGGACGCCGCCACGGACCUCAUGCCCGCGCUCGCGGCCGCCCUGGGGCCGGCAUAUGCCCCGCUGUUCGCGGAGCACUUUGUGCCGCUCUGGAAGUUCGCGAAGGCGACCAGGCCACCUAGCGACAGGACCAUGGCGGUCGCCACUGUGGCAGAGGUGGCACGAGAGAUGGGGCCGCCAAUUGCUCUAUACGUGGAUGCGGUGCUGCCAGUGGCUAUCCAGGAGCUCGGCUGCGAGGAGGGCCCCAGCAGGCGGAACGCGUCCUACUGCGUGGGGAAGCUCUGCGAGCACGCGCCGGAGCAGGCCCAACAACACUACCCCGCCCUCCUGUCUGCCCUUUACCCGCUCUUCUCCCCGGACGAAGAACCUGGCGUCCGAGAUAACGCCGCCGCCGCGGUCGCUCGGAUGAUUCUCGCGCGCCCUGGCGUCAUGCCGAUCGCUCAGGUUUUGCCGGUGUUCCUGCAAGCGCUCCCGCUCACGGAAGAUCUUGACGAAGCUGGUGUGGUGUACGGGUGCCUGUUCACACUCAUCGAACACUCGCCGAACGAGGUAGCGCCGCUGAUCCCGCAGAUAGUUAGUGUGUUUGGUCAAACCGUAGUCGAGGAUAGCAUAGACGAAGAGAUCAAGAAAGGCGUAGGAGUCGCCCUGAAAAGCCUGCAGGCUAGAUAUCAAGCACAUCUACAACCGACUCUAGCAGCUUUGCCACCAGAACAAGCAAGCGCACUGAGUAACGUCAUGGGGUCCCUUUAAGUAGCCACAGUCCGUUUGUAAGAAUCUGUCAAAUAUCGAGCCCUUCCCAUCUUCGAACCUGCACUUGAUGCCGUCUUAAGUGGGAGCUUUGGC